GCUGCACGUGACUCCGCCGCGUGACGUUCCGCAAAUAAAACAGGAAACACCGGAGCUUGUGUGAUUCUCAGACAAGUGUGUGUUUCUUUCCUGCUUACAAAUUAAAAAGUGCAAAUAAAGACAUGGACGAGGAUGGACUGCCAAUCGUGGGAUCGGGAAUUGACCUGACAAAGGUUCCAGCCAUUCAGCAGAAGAGAAUCGUUGCGUUUCUCAACCAGUUUAUUGUACACACGGUUCGGUUUCUCAACCGGUUCUCCACGGUGUGCGAGGAGGUAAGUGCUGCUCCGCUUGUGUUAGUUGUGUCGCUGGCUUCACGCUGCUCCGAUGUGUUGUGCCUGUGUAAGAUUGCACGGCUAAGACCACUUGCUCUGCCUCUCUCCUCUAUUCCUGGUCUGGAAGACGUGAGGGUGGAGAGGUCCGCUCAGAGACAGGUGUCGGAGCCCAACGGUCCAGUGUCCACGCCAGUGCAGGCCCCGUCUUCGGCAGUCCCGGCCCCCACUGAGCCCCAGCAGAGGCCGCCGGAAGCAGCGGAGCAGCCGCGCUCGGGAGCCGCCGGCGACGACGUCCUGACCGUUGCCAAGGACCCGCGGUACGCCAGGUACCUGAAGAUGGUGCAGGUGGGUGUUCCAGUCAUGGCUAUAAAGAACAAGAUGGUUUCUGAAGGGCUGGAUCCUUCACUGCUGGACACCCCCGACGCCGCCGUGCCAGACGCGGGCGCUCCCGGCGCGGGGGAGGAAGACGACGGCAGCUCCGGCAGCGAGUCCUCGUUCAGCGACUGAGGCCUCGUGGCGGCGGGGGGGGCUCCGCGGCGCCCCCUCUUGACUGCGGCGUGCGAAGGCGGCCGGCAGACUGGAAGAUCCGGGAGAGACGCCACUGACGAGGACGGCCGAGAGAGAGCUUGGCCUUCAGGCGGGUUCGAAUCAAACGAUCUACAGGGUCUCUUACCGAAAAGAGUCUGAAGGAGAUUUCUGCUGAGAACAGCUGAUUUAGCAGUGUUGACACUAAAAGAAUGUAUUGCUCUUGUUGAAAUCUUGUGGUCUGCAAUUUUCACAUCCAAUCACUUCACAUCUAAUCAAGAACAUUGAUGAUCUGAUGAUCUGAGCCUAGCUUUUUCUAUAGGCAGGUUUCCAGUCCACUUGACUGUAUCACGUGAAAAGAAACACCAGAGAGUCCAUUUUGAUGUCCUAAACGCUGGAUAGUUUGUUCUAAACCAGUUACUUUCUCUCUAAAUUGUGUGUCAUGGUUCUUGUCUAAGAUAUUUAUUAACCCUUUGUUUAAAAUGACUGAGUUUUAUGUGUACGUGUUUAAUCCUGGCUGUUUUUUCAUUAACCACUGUUCCAAUUAUAAAUGGACUGUCUGUGCGGUGACAGGCAGUACGGAUUUGACCCUUUCACUGCUGUACACAAGUACUGCCCAUUCAUCUGAUGACCCAGUGUAACUGAAUGUUAUCAUUCACAGCUGAAAUGUGUUCUUGCAGAUGGCACGGUGGCACAGAGGUCAGCAUCGCAGUAUCACAGCACUGUGGCUCUGGGUUCAUUUCCUGGGGUGCUGUCUGUGUGGAGUUUGCAUGUUCUCCCUGUGUUCAAGUAGCUAUCCUCCAGGUGCUCUGGUUUCCUCCUUCAGGCCAAAGGACCUGGUAUGAGUGUGCAUCUGUGUGGCUGCCCUGCAGUGGAUUGGUGUCCUUUCCAGCGAGUAUCCUGCCUUGUUCCCAUAGCUUCCCGGGAUAGACUCCAGGCCAACAUGCCCCUGAAGCGGAUAAGUCUGGAGUGAAGAGCCUUUUAUUUGAGACAAUGAGAUUGUGCUCAGAACAGUAGAAACCUUUCUGAUGAGUAUUGAACUUGUAAAGACUGAAAGUCUUCGGUUUCCCUCUUCUGGGAUGAGUAUAGUAUUGGGUGGAACAGGAGCAUACAGUUCAAGUGGAAUUAAGAACAAAUGUAGUUAGUCCCCAGAAUAAAAAAAUACUUAAAAUGUUUUUUUUUCUUUUGAAUUUAUGGCCUGUUUUCAUGUGCACUGUUGUAACACACGGUGGGAGGUUGUUUUGAAAACCUUUAAUGAUGAUGAAACACUAGAGCCUUUAUUUUGCACUAACAGAGUACAAACUCUUCCGUAGCUUAGAGGACAGGCCAGAAAGAGCCAGCUGUGGACCAGCUGCCCACGGUCCGUUACUUUUGCAAUCUUCUGAUCUUACCAGGUUGUCCAAUUAUGGUUUUGUGCAGUGUGUGCAUAAAGCUUUAUCUCAUGCAUAUGAUUAUCCAUUUUAAUAAUUUUUAAAGAUAAUGAGUGAGAUGCCUUUAUAGAGCAAUGAUUCAGACCUCAAGUCUGCAGUCUGAGGUCACUGCUCACUGAAAAUCUUGCCUUCUUCCUCUUCGCAGCUGGCAGGGAGCCCAGGUUCAGGUUGUAAAGGUCAAAACAAUUUGAAAGUCAAGACUGCUAGUUAUUUUAUUCUAGCUAUGGAAGAGACUGCAGCUGGAUUUAGAUUUGCUACCUUGCAAAUGUUGCAGCUUUGAAUCUCAAUUCUUACAUAGCAAAAUUGAAUUGUGCCGAAUUGUCUUCAUUGCACCAGCUGCAGAUUUAGAUUAGAAGACCUUUAUUAUCCCAAACCUUUGAAAUUCAUUUGGCACUGUUGCUUCAUAACCAUCACCAAUAGAAAUAUGCAUACAAGUACAGAAAAAUACAAUAAAUGCACCUGGAAAUCCUACAAGAUAUAUCAUAUAACUCUACAGUUAUUCAGUACAUUUGAACAAUUAGGGGAUUGUAGAUGCAGACGUGCUCCUCUGACAGUGUCACUAUACAAUAUUAUGGCCACAUUCUGCACCAGGAAUAAAUGAGCUUCCAUGUCUGGUGGUGUUUGUGUUGCAAAAGAUGGCAGUUCCACCUUCUGCUGUAUCUACACAACCUGCUAUAAAGAAGUUGACUUAAUGUACAUCUCACUUUAUCUUUUAUUUUUUUCCUUCAGAACCUUUUUAUUCAAAGACAGUCAUUUGGCUACUGUAAAUAAUUCUACUGGCUUGUGUGACAGCUUUCUCCAGUUUAUUCUGAUCUCUCAUCCACAUGUCACUAUACACUAAUGAGGCAAAAGAGGAGAAUUCACUA